AUGAGCCCCGAGCAGCUGUGGGUCCUCGGCCGACCCAAGGAUGCCAAAUCGUUAGACCUCGCCGCCCAGCUCGAUCUCCAAUCGACACGACGGCCCGCCGCCAUCGAUAAGAUCGACUUUAAGAGUGUCCUCUGCUUCAUCUACACCUCUGGUACUACUGGUCUUCCGAAGGCUGCUGUAAUGAAGCACUUCCGGUACUACUCGAUGGUAAGCGGAGCUGCUUUGGCUUUUGGCGUCCGGCCGUCCGACCGUAUCUACGUGUCGCUACCAAUUUAUCAUACAGCUGCUGGCAUCCUCGGCGUCGGACAAUGCCUGGUCCGCGGCUCGAGCUGCGUCAUCCGCAAAAAGUUCUCGGCCAGCAACUUCUGGAUGGACUGCCAGACGUACGAGUGUACGGCCUCGCAAUACAUCGGCGAGAUUUGCCGAUAUUUGUUGGCGCAGCCAAAGUGCGCCGAGGAGGACAACCACCGCAUGCGGCUGAUGUACGGCAACGGGCUGAGGGCGGAGAUAUGGCAAAAAUUUGUUGAUCGAUUCGGCGUACGCAUCGGUGAAGUUUACGGAAGUACGGAGGGUACCUCGAAUCUCGUCAACAUCGACGGCCACGUGGGGGCAUGCGGGUUCUUGCCCAUCUCGCCGCUGACGAAGAAGAUGCACCCGGUCCGCCUGAUCAAAGUCGAUGGCGACACUGGCGAAGUCCUACGACGACCUAACGGCUUGUGCGUAGCCUGCGAGCCGGGCGAGACCGGCGCCAUGGUGUCGACAAUCCGCGCCGACAACCCGCUGCUCCAAUUUGAGGGCUACUUGAACCGAAAGGAGACCGAUCAGAAGAUCAUCCGCGACGUGUUCGCGGAGGGCGACUCCUGCUUCGUUUCGGGGGAUCUCCUCCAUUGGGAUCGACUCGGAUACGUCUAUUUCAAAGAUCGUACCGGUGACACCUUCAGAUGGAAGGGCGAGAAUGUUUCCACCACAGAAGUCGAGGCUAUUCUCCACCCAACCGAUGGUGUGGCCGAUGCCACGGUGUAUGGCGUGGCUGUUCCUGGAAACGAAGGCCGCGCUGGUAUGGCCGCUGUGGUCAGAACGGAAGGGGAUGAAAGAUCGGAGAACGCCUUCUUGGAUUCGCUAGCUGAACGUUUGAUAAACUCGCUACCGUCCUACGCAGUGCCCCGGUUUAUCCGGCUCUGUCCGCACGUCGACAAAACCGGCACCUACAAGCUCGUCAAAACAAAUCUGCAACGGCUCGGCUACAGCGGCCAAGCCGACGGCCAUCGCCUGUUCGUCCUCAGUUCGAAGCUUCGCAGCUACGAGCCACUCGACGACGAGGCGAUUCGAUUAGUCGAUGGCGCUCGUCAUCCGAGCCUA